GCGAACACUGCAGCGAGACUCCUCUGUAGCGCUUUUCUAUUAUUUUCUAUUAACACGCUGCACCACCUAGCGGCACCGCCGCGAAGCCUGCGCGUUGCCUUCGAAACGAAUGGUGUGUCGGUGCAUGUGAACGCUGAGAAACGUGUUAUGCGGAAGCCGGACUCCUCCCUCGCGCUGCUUUCUAUAGGAGAGGGUCUUAUGGCUGCAAAAGUUCUGCAACUGUGCCCUGGAAGCUUCCUUGACUAGUUCCUUUUAGCAGUUGAUGAAAUUAGCCUGGGAAGACCCCUGUUGGCUUACGUGCAUCAGAUCCUGGGUGUGAUAACGGUUUUAUUACAUUUUUUUUUUUGCAGCUGACUUUUUUUUUUCCGAUCUCCACUCAACGUCAGUUUAUGGGCCUUCUCCUUCUACUCCUGUUUUCAAUUUUCACUUGACUUCUUCCUUCUCUUCUUUGCAUUCUGUACUGUGCGCGCCCCAGUCUUCUUCGCUAUUGACACGAGAUUUCAGCGUGCUCCAGGCACAGCAGGAUCCACGCGCCGCGAACGUUCUGCGAGCGUGCGCACGUUCCCAUGGCUGAGAAGAAGACGUAGCUAUACGAACAUGCGAGCAUGGGUUAUCGUUCGAACUUUCAGAGCCGCCCUUCGAAAUCUGCUACGACCAGCAGCCUGCUUGGCGGUGACCGUCGCUCGGCAGCAGCAUGAAGGAGGUCCGUCCACCCCGUCUCUCGACGCCGUGGCUCAUCGCUUUCACCGCCGCCUUCCUCGUCGUGGCCGCGGUCGCCCUGAUCUCGCUCCUCCUGGCCGUGAUGUGGGCGCCGCGGAUCGCCGAGCGAGCCCUGCAGGGCUGGCGGCCUCUGUACCGACUCGACGCGCUCGCCGCCAGAAUCACCGCGCGAAGACAGCGCCACAUCACGCUUGUGUGCACCGUGGGCGCCGGCGUCGUCGCGCCGAGGGAGGCCUACCCUCCCGACGGCGUCUGCCACUACACCGUGUUCACUCACGUAGCGUACGACCAGCGCCACGGCGCCUUCCGAGUGCUCGGGGCAUCGUCGACGUCGCAGGCGGCGGCGAGCUGGCGGAUCUUCCUGCGGGAGGCGUCCGGUUCCACCGUGACGCGCCUGCUGCCGUCGCACGGCGACUGGGAGGUGUUCGUGCGAUCGCUCGUGCCGGACCUGGCGCGGCGUAUCAACGCCAGCCUCGUCCGCCACCGCCUGCACGGCCUGGCGCUCUUCCACGUCCGCGUGCGGCCGGCGCAGCUGUCGGUCGUAGCGGCCGUCAUGCAGCUGCUGGCGAAGUACAACCCCGGCAUGUUCCUCGCCCUCGGCGUCAGCUUCGAAGGCGUGAACGACGCGAACGCGCUGAGCACGUUCCCGCCGGGCCUCCUGGACGACGCCGUGGCGCCACUGUCCCUUCUGGUGCUGGAGACGCACGUGCCACCGCGGGACAGCGGAGGUCGCUGCCGCGCGGUCCUCUCGUCGAUACCGGACUCCGAUGUCGGCGAUUCCGAGCCCCAGGUGCCGAGUCGCCUCUCGCUCAGGGGCGCCAUUAGGAUCUUCGACCAGCAUCCGGACCUGCGGCGCGUGGCUGGCACGCCCGGUCUGGCCGGCUGCUUCUCGCUGUUCCUCGGCGCGCUCGUCUUCAACACGAGCAGCCCGGAAACGAAGCUCGGCGCGGUAUGCUCGUCCUGGUCCGCCGACCAAGUUAGCAAGGUCUGCGAGCACCCGAGCGUGCGCUUGGACGAGCACACGCAAGUGGCGUACGGCCAAGACGGGAAGCGCUUCUUCAGCUUCGAGAGCGUGCACGCGAUUGUGCCCAAGCUGUCGCCGCUGCUCAACGCGACGUUGCUGAGCGACCGCACUCCCUGCCUGGCGCUCUACAACAUCGAGCUGGACGACGGCGUCUGCCUGCGCUGCCCCUCCGAGCGCUACCCGAACAUCGUGGUGGAGGUGAACAAGCUUCUGAGCCUGUUGAACCCGGACUCGAAGUGGACCUGGAGCCUCUGGAAGCGCUUGUUUCCUUCGUCGCCGUAAUACGAAACAUUGUCACGUUCAUUUCGUUUUUAACGUCCGCAAUGACGGUGCAGUUGUUUGUAUAUUCGAAAGGUCGGUGCCCCCGAGGCGUGAUACAUCUUUUUGUUCAUUUUUUAAUGUGUGCACGCACUGACGUUGUAGUUCUUAUCUCAUCUGAAAGGUUGGCCCGAGGCACUUCAACUGCUUCGUACUUCAAGGUAUAAUACUUUAUUUAUCUUAUUUUCUUUUUAAUUUAAGGCUAUGUACAACAUGAGACACAUGGCUAGAUGAAUUGAUACCUGACCAAGUGAUGCUACCCUAGAAGGCAACGGCGAGAAUAUAAUUUUUAUUCACGUAUCGUGGUCUGCAACGCACAGAAAUACUAAUAAGAUGUCGAACGUUACGCAUGUUCAAAGUGGGACGCAAUUGUAAUAGCGCCGGCGGAGGCGCCAUAAAUGUGAAAUUGGGGAUUUACAAACGUGUCGAGUAGACAAGUACACAGAUGACCUUAUAUAGGAUGAUGACUACAGACUGAAGAAAUAAAAUCGCAACUCUUUAUAUACAUGUAUAACAACAGAAUACAAAUGCACGGUAUUUCUAAUUACAACGCAAAUACAAGAAGGCGUCACAUGCAUACGAACAAGUUGGUUUCGUGGAUAGUCUA